CUUUAAACUGCGGGCGGGAUGGGGUUAAUUUCGAGUUUCUCUCGACGUAAUCUCGAGUUUCUCUCGACGUCGAUGUCGGACGAGCGGCGUUCUCGGACCACACGAGAGCACUCGCAGCGGUACGCUCGUUCGUGCGUGUGUAUACGCACGUCAACGCGCCGCGACAGCCACUUUGAGCUGGCGUGGGCAUCGCGCGCAGCCGCGGCCUCCGAAGACUGCCGAGCAGUAGCCGGCACCAAGCGGCUCAGUAACGCAACCGCAGGCUGUGAAACUGCGCACACGUGGCGUCUGAAAGACAUAGGCAAGUGCCAGAAUCGCACAUCGAAGGAUAAAGCAUCAGCGGCUCCGCAAUCGCGCGUUUUUUGG